GGUCUUCAUGAGCUAAGGGAGGCGGGUCUUGCUGAGGGGUUUGGUGUGAGAUGAAGUAGAAAAGAGAGGGUGGCUUUGCAGGGGGAGAGAGAGAAACGUCGUCUGUGCUGGACCCCGCGGCAGGGAGCGGUCAUGGAUGGGGACAACGAUCUCUGUGUGCUCCGACGCCGUUUAGCUAAGGCUGGACAGAGCCACCUGCUUCACUUCUGGGAGGAGCUGACUGUGGAACAACAGCAAGAGUUAUGCACAGAGUUGCAGAGUAUGAACUUGGAGGAAUUGGACCAGGCCUUCCAGCAGGCCAUGAGAAACAGUGACCAUCUAGCAGAAAAGGAGAAUGUGGAUGCCAGGAUGGAGCCCGUGCCGUGGGAUGUGUUGGGGAGUACAACCCGAGACCGAGAUCAGCUACCACUGUGGGAGGCAGAAGGUCUCCACCAGAUUUCUCAGAACAAAGUAGCCGUUCUCCUCCUAGCUGGUGGGCAGGGGACGAGGCUGGGUGUCUCCUACCCCAAGGGAAUGUACAGUGUUGGUUUGCCGUCCCGCAAAACCCUGUUCCAGAUCCAAGCAGAGCGCAUUUUGAAACUGCAGCAGCUGGCUGAAGAACGACACGGCCUGAAAUGUGUUAUUCCCUGGUACAUCAUGACAAGCGGCAGGACAAUGGAGUUGACCAAAGAAUUCUUUCUAAAGCACAAAUACUUUGGCUUGAAGAAGGAAAAUGUGGUCUUCUUCCAGCAGGGUAUGCUGCCUGCUAUGGACUUUGAUGGGAAAAUUCUCCUGGAAGACAAGGGCAAAGUUUGUAUGGCACCGGACGGCAAUGGCGGCCUGUACAGAGCUUUAGGCACCCAGCGGAUCGUGGAGGACAUGGAACGGCGGGGCAUCGGCUGCAUCCACAUCUACUGUGUCGACAACAUUUUGGUGAAAGUGGCUGACCCCCGGUUCAUUGGGUUCUGUGUACAGAAGGGAGCUGAUUGCGGAGCAAAGGUCGUGGAGAAGACCAAUCCCACCGAGCCAGUUGGCGUGGUGUGCCAAGUGGGUGGCAUCUACCAAGUGGUGGAAUACAGUGAGAUUUCUUUGGCCACGGCGCAGAAGAGGAGUCAGGAUGGUCGGCUUCUGUUUAAUGCUGGAAACAUCGCCAACCACUACUUCACGAUCAAGUUCCUGAAAGAUGUUGUCAACAUUUAUGAGCCACAGUUGCAACACCAUGUAGCCCAGAAGAAGAUCCCAUACAUGGACGUGGUCACUGGGAAGCUUUUGAAUCCAGACAAACCAAAUGGGAUUAAGAUGGAGAAGUUUGUAUUUGACAUCUUCCAGUUUGCUAAGAAGUUUGUGGUAUACGAGGUGCUGCGAGAAGAUGAAUUCUCCCCGUUAAAGAAUGCAGAUAGCCAGAAUGGCAAGGACAACCCCACCACCGCUCGUCAUGCCCUAAUGUCGCUGCACCACCGCUGGGUCCUCAACUCUGGUGGCCACUUUGUGGACGAAAAUGGAACCCGCCUCCCUGCUAUUCCCUGCUGCACAAACGGAAGGUCAGAUGUAAUCCAAGCUGAUGUCAAUCACAAUCUGAAGGAUGCCAGUGACUUGCCAAUUCAGUGUGAGAUUUCUCCUCUCGUCUCCUAUGGGGGUGAAGGCCUGGAAGAAUUUGUGAAGGACAAAGAGUUCCAUGCUCCUUUGGUUAUCGACAGGAAUGGGGUUCAAGAGCUGGUGAAGAAUGGAGUGUGAGAGGCCCCGUGAAGAUCCAGAACGUUAUGAUCCUUCUUGUCACCCAAGGGGGGGAUUUCCCCCCCCCCUUCACAUUGAAUCCUCUCAAACUGCAGGACUUGGUUGCAAUAAGGGGCAGGGAGAACCAAUCCCUCUGUUCUUGGCGUGUCUAUUUAUGUAUAUAUAUAUUUAAUUUAAAACAAGCUAAAAUAGCUCAUCUAUUGCCUUCCAUGCUGCAUUCCAUGCUGCAGUGCUUCAAGUCAUAAUGGUAUUUUAUAUUGAAAUCUCUAUCGUUUACUUGCAAAAUGUCUUCUAUGGUACGGGCGUUGAUCUGAAAUUUUAAGAGAAAAAAUGCUGGGCUGGAUCACAGGCAUCUGUCCAAUGAGUGGUGGCGCUUCCCUCUACCGCAAGGAGGGUUCGCCUGAUGCAAACACUGCUGCUAGUGGGAGAGAGAUCUUGGGAUCCUGCCCACUGUGGGCAACUUCAAAUGGGUCUGGAGUUUUGUAUCUGCUGCCCAUGUUCUUUUGACAUCAGCUGCACCUUGCGGAGGUUGCACGGCUGAAAGAAUAGGAAGGGAAAUAAAGGGAAAAUUCAUUUUUCCUCCUGCAUGGACAGCAUGUCUCAAGGUUUUUGGUCUCUGAGUUGUCUGUCUAAAAUGUGCUUGACUAUAUGCUCACCCACUUUUCCAGUCCACUGCUAGCAAAAAGUUCCACUGGUGGAGUUUGGUGCAUGCAACCUGCUGUAGAAUGUGAGCUGCAGUGGACUGGGGUGUUGUCCUCAGCGAGGCCAUUUAGAAGAGGAUGGCAAAACAAGGUUACUUACCUGUAACUGUUGUUCAUCGAGUGGUCUUCUGUGCAGGCACGAAUGGCGGACUGUGAGGUUGCAGGCCUGCCAUGGGGGAACGAGCUCCCAAAGGGCUUAGAAUUUUCCAGGGUCCAGGAGCUCUCCCUCCUCUCCUCCAUCUUGAGCCCUGCUUUUCCCACCCAAAGGGUCACAUGAUGGUGGGGAGGGCGCUCUUCCCUCCGUUCUCCCUUCAUCACCGUGAGGUGCCAACAGCAGAGCAGUCCACAGUGGGGAAAGGAGGGAGGGACGGAAGAGCACUCGGUGAACAACAGUUACAGGCUUCUGUGCAGUCCCACAUUGGGAAAACAGCAGGUAAAUGUGGGCUGGUCAGCGAAAGAUUGAUUGGAGCACUGCCUCUAUGUCCAUGGAGUAGCAUUUGAUGAACAUUGAAGGCGGCGACCAGGUUACUGCUUUGCAGAUGUCGUCCAGUGCCAGCCUGGGGAAAGAGGCUGCAUUGGAGGCCUGGGUCCAUGUGGCCCUCAAUGCAAUGGAGCAUGGCGUAUUCCAUUCAGCAUAGGCCAACCUUAUUGCUGAGACCAUCCACCUGGAGAGUGAGCCGAAGCAGGUUUUGCCUUUAUUAUGGCCCCUAAAGACUAUGAAGGAGCUG